CAGGCGCCCGGGGAUUCCCCGAGGGAAGUUCCCAGCUAGUUGUAAAACAUUUAAAAAUGUACAUUUGUGCGAAACACUCCAUUUCCUCCCAUUUAACGUGAACACUGAGAUGUAGAACAAGACCGAGGGCGCGCCAUGACUUCAGAACGAUAGAUAAAUGUAGGUGUUUCGGGCAGUUUUCGGACGAAGGAUCCAUGACUGCUGCGUUCGUGAUGUUACUGAAGGCUGCGGCAUGGAGCGAAACAUUGGUGAUCCGCUGAACAAAGCCUAUGAAGCCUAUCGCAACAUCUCCAUUGAGAAUGAAAAUGCCAAAAAGCUGCUACAGGAGAAGACAGAGCAAUUUCAACGGUAUUCACAGCAGCUGGAGAAAAAGAUAGAAGACCAAGAGCAGGAGAUUUCAGAGCUCAAAGCACAAUUAAAUUCAAUUAAGCUUGCUUCAGGGGAAGUGAAAUGUUGUGAGACUGCACACCAAAAACAGGAAACAGAAAGGUUGUCACCUAAUAUUCAGUGGCCCGGCAACUCCUCCUCUUCCCACAGGACUAACCAUAUUCUGGAAUCCUUGGAGUUUACACCAAUGCCUCCCCAUCCAGUACCCGGAGUUAGUGGCAUGAAGAGUGAGGAUGUUCUAGACACGCUUCAGGAAAUCCAGGGGACUUUCCAGAGGAUUCAGACUCUUGCAAGACGGCAGAAAGAUCACCUGAAAAGAAUACAUAAAGGAAAUAGUACCGCAAGUGCAGAUCUGCAGUUCUCCAUGCCCAUCCAGUGCACAGAUAAAAUUGACGAACAAGAUGAAGAGCCCUUCUCUUCCUCCUCAAGGCCACAGGUUGAUGAGGGCUUGCCUUCAGGUGCACUAGCAUCACGUGGUGCUAGCCCAGAGGACGGUCAUUUUAUGGACGAUAUUAAGUUCCCGCCACCCACAGAUAGUGAAUAUGAAUUUCUGCACAGUGCUGACAGGAGUGUACCACUUCCAAUGCCCAGAAAAGACCUGUCAGAGCCCAUUUCCACGGUGUUGGAGGAGUCCUACUCCUCGUACUCUGUCUCUGCUCCAGUAUCACACCUGCUGCCUGCAUCCGCAUCACACGAAGGAGUUCGGGGACCACAACAGCCUCUGUGGAACCCUGAUCUGACCCCAUUGGAAACAUCAAGCAUGGGGUCUAAUCACUGUACUUUUUGCCAGGCUACUGUUCCCAGUAACCUCAUGUACAGCCACCUCAAUUCACACUUCCAGACCAAAGAGGGGGAUUGACAAAGAAAGACCCAGGAGCUGCCUACUAGCCGAUGUCUUGCUUUAUUGAUGGCUUUGUUGCCUGUCCCCUAUGCACAAUGAGCUCGGCACACGGUGGCCACUGCAGCUUUUCAUUCAGAGCAUGGUGGGAGUGGAGGUCUCCAUGCUCAUUUAUUUAAAUUGUAAGAACUUGAAUGGUACGUUUUGUGGUAAUAACAACUCAAUUAUUCAGUUUGUGUUUGAUCUGUGGGACUUUUGAAUGUGUUGUCUGUUUGUCUCUGUAAUAAAGAAAUGCUUCCAUUUUA